UCAGUUAUGUGACACCGUAGGUCUCUUGAUAAGGAUUCAGAGGUUGGCUGUUCAAUGCAGGCUAUUGAGGGAUCCCCCAGUACCCCGGCAUCAGGCAAGCUGCAGCAGGAUGGAUACAGUCUUCCGUCCCCCGACGCCCUGGCUCAGAUCCUACCAGACUACCAGCAUCUCUUCGGCUCAGACAAGCCUCCAGCUCCUGGCUCGGUUCCCCAGGGACAGGGCAGACCACCCGACACAGCAGAGGCUACACACAGCACCAAGCCUGGACAAACUCUCCCUGACUUUGAGGAUGACCCACAUAUAGCACAAAUCACUGACCUCCAAACAAAAGAAGUAGAGAACUAUCGCACAGCCAUGCGCAAAAUGGCGGAGGACAUUAUCACCAUGCGAUCACAGGUUGUCAGUCUGGAGUCGGACAACAGCCAGCUCCGCAGUGUCCUGACCCUUCACCAGGACCUGGGACGCGACCUGUUGGAUGACACAGACAUAGAUGUCAUGACCAAGGCAGAGAUCGCCGACCGGAUAGCCUCUCUGAAGUUUAAGCUGGCCAGUGAGACCAGCAAGGCUUCCUCCCAGAGAGACAAAAUCCAGCAGAUGCAGAAUGACCUUAUCCGAAAGAAUGACAGAGAGAAGGAGCUGUUGAGACUUCAGAGGGCCCAUGAGCAGCAGCAGGAGGCUCUGCAGAGCUACCAGAGCCGUGUGGCCAAGCUGGGAGUCCUGGAGACCACAGUCCGGCAGCAGGAGAAGGUCAUCGAGAAGAUGGAGAAGGUUCUGGAUAAUAAACUGACUGAGAAGAAUAAAGAGAACUCAGAGAGGGAACUCAGAGAAAGGGGGAGGAAAACUACUUGGAAAAGGUCAACAGCAGGGGAGGAUGACAGCAGAAAGGCAGAGAUAGAGUCGGCUCUGGCGGCAGAGAACUCCCGCCUCAGAGGGGAACUGGAGAAGAUGCGACAGCAGCAAGCCCCUAUCAUCAUCCAACAGCCGCCACAGGAUGCUUUCCCCGACAAAGAGAAACUGAGUUUGCUGAGUCAACUGGAGAAGGUAGAGUCAAGAGUACGGGCUCUGGAGACACAGCUGGAAGAGAACUCUAAACGUUGGGGCAGGCAGAAACAGGAGAUGUUGACCAAACUGAGUGAAUAUAAAUGUGGCUUCGCACGGACAUCCACCACAAUCCUGCAUGAUCUUCCCCUGGAGAGUGUGUCUGACUCCUUGAUGGAUCGUAGGCGACACAGACAGCUGAAGCCUAUGAAAUGACCUUCACCUCGUAGUGUGAAUCUACAAAAACCAAUAACGCAAUCAAGGAAGACAUGAAGAAUUAUUUUUACAAAAUGAGUUUAAUUUUUUAUUUUAGCACAGUUGUUUAGGUUGUAACAAUAAAUGACAUUUUAAAA